UGCUGCAGCAGACUCAAAAAGCUAAGUAAACUACUCAAGUCCCUCCCUUUUCCGGCGUCGCUAUUCUCAGUCUCAUUCUGUCUCCCGUAAGUCCUAACUAAGCUUUCUCUCUUCAGUCUUCAGCCUCCGCCCGUUAUUGUUGACAAGUUUUAGCCUUUUUGUUAAUUACUACUUUACUACUCUUGUUGUGAAUUUGCUGCUACUGUUGAAGCCAUGGAAGCUCGGAUUUUGCAGUCUUCUUCUUCCUGUUAUUCGUCUCUUUACGCUGUCAAUCGAUCCCGGUUCUCUUCUGUGUCAUCUCCGAAACCUUUCUCCGUCAGCUUUGCUCAGACGACGAGAACAAGGACUCGUGUAUUAUCCAUGUCGAAGAAAGAUGGUCGCACUGAUAAAGAUGAUGACACUGAUAGUCUCAAUUACAAAGAUUCUGGUGUUGAUAUCGAUGCUGGUGCUGAGCUUGUUAAACGAAUCGCAAAGAUGGCUCCUGGAAUUGGUGGAUUUGGUGGUCUCUUUCCAUUAGGUGAUAGUUAUCUUGUAGCUGGUACGGAUGGUGUAGGGACUAAAUUGAAAUUGGCAUUUGAAACUGGAAUUCAUGACACCAUUGGAAUCGACUUGGUUGCUAUGAGUGUGAAUGAUAUUAUUACUUCUGGUGCAAAGCCUCUGUUUUUCCUUGAUUACUUUGCUACUAGUCGUCUUGAUGUAGACCUUGCUGAAAAGGUCAUUAAAGGGAUUGUUGAAGGUUGUCGGCAAUCGGAAUGUGCUCUCUUAGGGGGAGAGACUGCAGAGAUGCCUGACUUUUAUGCAGAGGGCGAGUACGAUCUAAGUGGGUUUGCAGUAGGCAUAGUAAAGAAAACUUCAGUUAUCAACGGAAAAAACAUUGUGGCCGGUGAUGUUCUUAUUGGCCUCCCGUCUAGUGGUGUUCAUUCCAAUGGUUUUUCUCUAGUAAGAAGGGUAUUGGCUCGAAGCAAUCUUUCGCUGAAGGAUGCGCUUCCAGGUGGAUCAAGUACCCUUGGUGAUGCUCUAAUGGCACCCACUGUCAUUUACGUGAAACAGGUACUUGAUAUGAUAGAAAAAGGAGGAGUGAAAGGUUUAGCUCAUAUCACAGGCGGAGGUUUCACAGACAACAUUCCCCGAGUCUUCCCGGACGGUUUGGGUGCUGUUAUUCACACCGAUGCUUGGGAACUUCCACCGUUGUUCAAGUGGAUUCAACAGACUGGGAGAAUAGAAGACAGUGAGAUGAGAAGGACGUUUAACCUGGGGAUAGGGAUGGUUAUGGUGGUUAGUCCAGAGGCAGCUUCACGAAUACUAGAAGAAGUCAAGAAUGGAGACUAUGUUGCGUAUCGCGUAGGAGAGGUUGUCAACGGUGAAGGCGUAAGCUAUCAGUAGAGUGUUGUGUGUUCUUUUUUCUUCUGUGUUUUUUUAAGUUUUCGUUUCCCACCGUUUUUAAGAAUUAAUCCAUUUGUCUACGGUUUUAUGAGGUUACAAUCGAGAUGAGGCAUUUUUUAAGACGUCGUGUUAUUAUUUGAUCUAAUUUUUUAAAAACAACCAAUGUGAUUGGUCUGGUUUAUUCUCUUUGUCGCACAAACAGAUGUUGAAAGAUAUUCUCGUUCUAAUUAUAUAAAAUUUAAACAUGUUGUUUGCCUAGAUGGUAUGGGUUAAGAAGCUAAUUGUCAAGAAAAAACAAAUGUUGUAGGAAG